UCUUCCCGUGUGCGUAAGUACCACAAGAAGUGUUGCAGCGUUAGAAGCAGAAGAAAUACACAUAGUAGACUAAAAAGCGAAAAAAACUUGAUAUCUUCCUGUACACUUUCACAAAGUAGCACACAGUACACUAGGCGUGAUCAAUAGUCGCUCGAAAUGAGCAAGCACGAACUACACAAAACGAGAUAAAAACAGAGAAUGACCCGGCUGCGUGCGCGUGACCGCCGUUGAACGAGGAGCGGACUGUAGCAAGAGUAAAGAAUACCGGAAGUAAAGUUUCCCUUUGGGGCCGCAGGGGCUGCCACCCUUCUACACUACUCGGCACAACUUCGCCUCAACAUCAUUCUCUCCGGUGACCAGAUAAGAAAAACACUUCCCCCACAAAAGUUCCCGCAGCCAUGGUUCGCCUUUCCGUCGCCUACGGCGAGAAGCACGAGCUGGAAAAGGAACACAUCCUGGUCGCCUACCAUGACAAAGUCUUCUACAUACGAACCGUGGACUACUACCACACCACGAAGCCGACCAAGCAAAAGGUGCCCUUUCUGUGCGAUGUGGGGAGCAUGAAAAACACCUAUGGGAAGCUACCGAGGAUGGACCAGCUGUCAGAAAUACAGCACUUGAUCAACGUAUAUUCAAAAUUAUGAUAAUUUUUGAAGAUUAGUGUACUUGUGGCUUCCAGAAAAGUUAUCUUUGUGAUGCAAGUACACAGCGAGCAGCUUUUGGAUUUGUCACACACUAAAAAUGCAUUUCAUCGACUUCGCUCCUCCAGAUUCCCGAGAAGAAGCUCCUGGUCACUGCGGAUCAAUCCGGCACGGUCGUCGUCACCGAAGGGCCGCCAAAGAUGGAUGUGAUAAGAAGGGUCUGCACGGGCAGCGAAGUGUGCGCCAUGGCCUACAUAGAAAGUGCGGAGUUGAAGCCGUCACCGAAAAAUCAUGAUUUCGGAAUCCCGAUGCUGGUGUACGCGUAUAGGAGCAUAUCAGGGGUUUAUGGUAUAGUAGAAAGUGUUGAACAAAUUUCAAGAUUAAUUUUGUUGUGCCGGUCGUGGCGCAUUUUGAUUUUUAAGUACGACAGACAGUUACUCGCGCGCCAUAAGAAGCGAGCAAAGGGUUGAUUUUUAAGUACGAAGGAGCAGCAGCAGCGCGGAAUGUGACUGCGUGUUGCACUGAGUGAAUACAUCGGGAGAAAGAUCGAAAAUUAUCGCAUACGAACAGGCGACGGCAAGAGCCGGAUCCGAUUCUGGAACUUUAAAGCGAACGAGAUGCUGGCGGAAAUCGAUCUCCCCUCGGAGUUGAACAACAUUCUCUACUGUCAGGAGGUGAACGAGGUUCUCUGCUGUUGCCGAGCGGGCAAGAUAUGGAGAAUUUCACCCGAACCGCUCAAGGGCAGGGGACCCGGGCAACCGACCCAGGAAUUUCAGCUCGUGAAAAAAGACGUCAAUCCUAUGGACGUGGGGGAAAUCGGCGAUCACAUCCUGAGGCUCUGGACAUCAGGUGCUUAGAUAGUACCACCUUCGUGUAGUUCUAUUUGAUGCGCGAGUACCAGAGGAGAAAGUUCUUGUCUUUGCUCAGUUCUUGCCACGAUGAAAAUUUGGAAUUCAAACUUUCUUCACGCACACAACAGACGCCACCAAGCAAGCGGGUUGCCUUGCAGUUUCGCAGCAGGGUAAACUUAAAAUGUGGACGCUGGCGCCGGUGUUCGGUAGCUACUUGGAAGUCGACUGUCUCUACCACGUCGGGAACUGCACCAAAGCCGCCUUUCUGCACUACAAGAGAACCAACCCAUUAUCGGUCACCGCGGAGGAGCAAAAGCGGUGCGAGCUCGAGGACGGGGACAUGCUGAUCAUCGGCGGGGACGAACAAAUUUCUUUCGUCAACCCAUACGACCUAUCAAAUGUAAAAAUGUCUGGGUCUGGAAGGUUGGAACUUGUGAUGCUAACUUUGGACUCUAAAAAAUUCUGUAUUGCAUGACCAGCAAGAGGAGUCCGGUUUGUGCUACGCGUGGAGGGCAUUUGUCAUGCGAAAUAAGCAUCAGGAAGGCCUCUGAAAAUCUGUGAUGCUAGGGCUUCCAUGGCAGACAUUAUGCGUCAUGCAAAAACAGCAUAACAAAUUUCGGAUUCUUCCAGACCCAGACAUUUUUACAUUUGAUACGACCUGGAAAAACCGUGCAUGCGCCGCCUCGACUUCCGAGAAGGCGUCAGUUCGCUCACGCAGUGGAGGAACUUAGUGAUGGUGGGGACGAAGUGCGGGUUGAUAAUCGGUAUGACGAGCUAGUGGUGAUGCAGAUGUACUUAGUAGUUGCGUAGUAUGAUCCUUGUGGCUUUUUCUUCUAGGUGCAAAAAUUGCAAGUAAGUAAGCUAACUGCCAAAAGAGCAGGAGGUCAUCGUCCAUUGUGAAGCAAAAACGCAGAUGAAGUUGUUCCACCGUAAAUGUUGAAAAUCAGGCAUCGACCCGUUUUCCGGGGUGCAUCAGCUGAAGUUGCAGCUUGGGGUGAACGCGCCCAUUGAGCAAUUAGUCGGGGGCGUCGACGUUCUGCGGGCUGUGAACAGCCGGGGACGACUCGCAGUCUGGGCCUUGAAAGGCAUCGACGUCGUCAGACUCGUGGAGCUCGAAGCAGAAAGCUGCGGCGUCUACAAUGUUGGUACGGAUGAUCAUAUGUUCGGGCGGUGCGUGUUUAUUGUCACUAACUACCCAGAGCACGACGGAAUUAUGUAUGAUGUUGCCGUAGUUCAUGGUAAAUGCAAGAAAAAAAACGCGAAAUAUUAAACUCAUCGUCCAGGUUCUUCUCAACUCCCCGCGGGCCACAAUCACAUCGGAGCGGGACCGCUAGAGGUCCACAGGCGCUUCGAAAAAGGACAAGACCGCUACUGAGCUGUUUUCGCUUGUUUUUUACAGUCAGGCGCUCCGAUGAUCACGAAAAUUUACAAUAUGCAAAAAGUUAAAGUGAUUUUGAUGUCUAAACAGCGGGCUUCUUGUUGACACUCGAAUGAGCUCGCUUUACCUAACGCAAAAAUGUUUGAUGAAUACGAUCAAUAGUCAGGAUCCUAUGAAUCCGGAUCCUGCUCUAGCUGAAUAUUUUCGAAAUUAACUAAAUUGGUUCAGAAAAAUGCAGUUUGAGACGAAGACGCAUCAUUUCCACACCUUAUGUAUCCACUUAUUGUAAGCGACUCUACGCCGGUUUCACAUGAAAAAUGCACUUUAUUCCAACCUUUGUAACAUGAAAUCUUCUAGCACAUCAAUACGCCUCUCCCCCCCUACUAGGAACAUGAUCAAAUGUGAUCUUCGCUGUGUAUUAUGAAAGCCGACUUCUGCUGUUUUGAUGACCCAUGUGUACAAUGAGAUUUUGUGUAUGAUAUAAGAACAAGAAAUCGGAUAAUUCUCUCUAUCAUGCAGGGCGCGAGGUAGUUGUAGCUUUAGAAUUUACGAAAGAAAAACCUACCUGCAAAAUAAAGCCGGCGCAUCGGGCAGAGAAGAUAAAGUAAUUCUCAACCUGCUAUGCCCGGCCAACUACCUCGACCUGCUGAAAGCUUUUUGGAACGCCCCGCGCUGAGAACGUCGAGAAAGAAAAGGAACCUCGACGGAAUCUGUUCCUCUCCACUUCGCGUUUCUCGCGGUUGUGUUGUAUGAAUGUAUUCGCGGCG